AUGGCUGCCCUUCGCCCCCUUCGAAUGGGCCACAGAGCCUUCAAUGUGGCUCCCAGGGCUUUGCUUGCGCCCAGAGCGUUCUCUACCAGCUUGACUGCGCGGGCCGAACAAACUCUUCGACGCUUCUGGAAAUCAUCAAACAUCACCUCCUUGCCUUCCGGAUCAUAUCAAAUCACCCUCGACCACCGGGCACUGAAGACGCCCUCCGGUUCAAAGCUCGAGAUCCCGAAAGAGAGAAGAUUGUUGGCGGCCAUGAUCAGUGGUGAGUGGGAGAACCAGGAUGAGGUUCUGAAGCAGCAUGCUCUGCCCGUGACGUCGCUCGCUUCAAGGGCGAUAGACGGUCUUUCAGACCCCUUCACUCGCCCUUUGGUGAUUGACGCCCUCCUCAAGUACCUUCAAACAGAUACUAUCCUCUUCCCCGACGAAGCUCCUCCUCCUCUUGUCCGCCUGCAAAAGGAACACUGGGACCCUUUACAUGCGUGGUUGAAGGAGGAGUUUGGAGUGACGUUGGCAUUGGCGGAAGGCUUUGGAGGAGUGAGCCAGAGUGAGGAGACCAUCGGAAAGCUGAGAAAGGCUGUGGAAGAGAUGGACGCUUGGGAGCUGGCUGCAUUCGAAAGAGCAGUCUAUGCCACAAAAUCCUUUGUCAUCUCCCUCGCCCUUCUUCGUGGUCACUUGACAGCACACGAGGCAGCCGACGCGAGUCACGUCGAGGUCAGAAGCCAAAUCGAGCGAUGGGGUGAAGUAGAGGACACUCAUGAUGUGGACUACCAAGAUAUCAGAAGGGCCCUUGGUAGUGUCGCUGUGCUCCUUGCCAAGUCACAGUAA